AUGGCAUAUGAAAAUAGGAUGUGGAAUAGCAGAAUAUCGUUAUUGUUGGGUUUCCUCAUUUUAUGGAUAAGUUGUGAACUGACGGCAGCUUUCGAUUCGCAUCUCCGGGGACCUUCGUUCGUGAUGGAACCACCGUCGCGGCUCGAGUUUUCCAACUCCUCCGGCGGCUGGCUGGACUGUUCUGCCUCCGGAAGUCCUCAGCCCUCCAUCGACUGGCUGUCGGUGGAUGGGACAUCCGUCGGUGAUGUCGGUGGCGUUCGGCGCGUGCUGCGCAACGGGACACUGGUGCUGUUGCCGUUCCCUGCGGCCGCCUACCGGCAAGACAUCCAUAGUACAAUCUAUCGAUGCGUAGCGUCGAACACCGUCGGACGGGUCAUCUCACGGGAUGUACAGGUCCGGGCAGUCGUUGCUCAAGCGUACAAAGUUGAUGUUGAAGUGUUGGCAGCUUCCCGCGGCUGUACCGCGAUCCUGCGUUGUGUAGUGCCUAAUUUUGUUAAGGAGUUAGUAAGGGUCGUUUCCUGGGUGCAGGAACCGGCAUUCUACAUUUAUCCAUCGCUGCAAGGAGAUGGAAAGUACCACCUGCUACCGACGGGGGAGCUGCUGAUACACAAUCUAGAGUAUAACGAUCGCUACCCAUCCUACCGGUGUCGGACGAUGCAUAAACUUACGAGGCAGGUCGUCACAAGCAAUUCGGCCAAGAUACGCAUGAACGAACAACGAGGAAUAGUUUCGCCGAGUGUCGUCGAGCAUACGUCGCAUGUAGCCGUUUCGCAGGACGAAGGUGCAGUGUUGCUGUGUGUCGCCCAAGGUUGUCCAUCGCCCGAAUACCGAUGGUACACGCACAACGGUCCCGAGCCAAUACCCGUCUCUUCCGGCCCACGGAUACGACUGCUCGGUCCAGUCCUGGCGAUCGAGGCCGUCACCGCCGAGGACGGUGGAGUGUACAAAUGUUCCGCGGCGAAUGCGGGUGGCGAAGCCAGCGCCGAUCUGCGGCUCACCGUCUCGACACCGAUCCACGUGGAGAUCACACCGAACGUGCUCAGUGUGCAUAUGGGUGGGACGGCAGAGUUUCGCUGCCUGGUCACUGCCAACGGAAUGUCGGCCGGGCCGCAACACAUCACCUGGUUUAAGGAUGGCCGCCAACUGCCCAGUUCCGGCCGGGUCGGUGAUACGCUACAGGUGACCGGUGUAACGCGCGAAGACAAGGGCAUGUAUCAGUGUGUGGUGCGACGGCAGGAAGGCGAUUCUUUCCAAGCUUCUGCCGAACUGCAGCUCGGAGACGCUCCACCUUCGCUGGUGUACAGCUUCAUCGAACAAACGCUUCAGCCCGGACCGGCCGUUUCGCUGAAAUGUUCGGCACAGGGAAACCCAACGCCACAAAUCUCCUGGACGCUGGAUGGAUUUCCGCUACCGACCAACGGCAGGUUCAUGAUCGGCCAGUACGUAACCGUGCACGGGGAUGUCAUCAGCCACGUCAACAUAAGCCACGUGAUGGUAGAGGACGGUGGCGAGUACUCGUGUGCGGCGGAAAACCGUGCAGGGAAAACGUCUCACUCCGCUAGGCUCAACAUCUACGGAUUACCGUACAUUCGCCUGAUACCGAAGGUGACGGCCGUGGCCGGACAUACACUGUAUCUGAAGUGCCCCGUCGCUGGCUACCCGAUCGAGGAAAUCCACUGGGAACGGGGCGGUCGGGAACUGCCGGAAGAUAUGCGCCAAAAGGUGCAGUCGGACGGGACGCUCGAGAUUAAGGAGGUGCAGAAAUCGCUCGACUCCGGCGUCUACACCUGCUGGGCGCGGAACAAACAGGGUCACAGUGCGAGACGUAGCGGCGAAGUCGCUGUCAUAGUCCCGCCCAAGUUGAACCCGUUUCAUUCGUCCAUCCUUUCGCUGAACGUUGGCGAUCGGGCGUCGAUCACCUGUUCCGUCAUCAAGGGCGAUAUACCGCUCACCAUCACGUGGCGCAAGGAUGGUCGACCGAUCGACCCCACCCAGCGUAUGUCGGUGACGCAGGUCGACCAGUACAACUCCAUCCUGCUGAUCGAGAAUUUGUCCGCCGACCAUACCGGCAACUAUUCGUGCGUGGUCCGCAACACUGCCGCCGAAACGGAGGGCCAUCAGUCGCUGCUGGUUAAUGUUCCACCCCGUUGGGUAGUCGAGCCGACGGACGUGAGUGUCGAACGGAACCGCCACAUUAUGCUUCACUGCCAGGCUCAGGGGGUCCCCGUACCCACCAUUCUAUGGAAGAAAGCAACAGGAAGCAAAUCCGGUGACUACGAGGAGGUACGAGAGCGACCGUAUACGAAGCUGCUGGCGAACGGGUCGCUAUUGCUGCAGCACGUCAAGGAAGACAGGGAGGGGUUUUACCUCUGUCAGGCAAACAACGGCAUCGGAACCGGCAUCGGGAAAGUUAUUCAGCUUAAGGUCAACUCUUCCCCUUACUUCGCUGGACAAUCGAAGAUGGUCACCGUGAAGAAGGGUGACACGGCGAUCAUGCAGUGUGAGGUGAAGGGUGACAAACCGAUCAACGUGGUCUGGUUGCGCAAUGGGAAGCACGAACUGAACCCCUCCACGAACUACCGCGUGUCCAUCAAGCAGGAUGCCACCCCGGAAGGUAUAUCGGCCGAGGUGCAAAUAUCGAACGUGGACAGCAGUGACAGUGGAGCGUACUUCUGCCAGGCCAGCAAUCUGUACGGGCGCGACCAGCAGCUGGUGCAGCUGCAGGUGCAAGAACCCCCGCAGCCACCGUCGUCGCUCGAAGCGGCAACCGUUUCCAGCCGGGUGGUGAACCUGAAGUGGCAACCGCGCGGUGGUGACGCUGCCGAAGUUUCCAAGUACAUCGUCGAGUACCGGGAGAUCGAUCGACAGUGGCAGUACAUCGAGAUAUCGGAUCCGCCCGCCUAUUCGACCAUCAUCGAGAACCUCAAACCAGCGACCAACUAUGUGUUCAGAAUAAUCGCCGAAGGGCCCGCUGGCCGGAGCUCGCCGAGCCAGGAGCUGUUCAUCAAAACUGACCCACAGCGACCGGCUGGACCACCGCUCAAUCUCGGCGCCCGACCAAUUUCCUCCACCGAAAUACUCAUCAGCUGGAUGCCACCGUCGUACGAGUUGCGGCACGGCGAAAUACAGGGGUAUAAUAUUGGGUACCGCUCGAUGCAUGCCACCACAAACAGCUACAACUUUACCUCCAUCUCGGGUGACGGUGAGGAUGGUACGGGGGAGCUGCUGCUGGGCAAUUUGGCCAAGUACACGCGCUACACCAUUGUGGCGCAGGCCUUCAACCAGGUGGGGCCGGGCCCACUGUCCGAACCGGUUACCGCACAAACGAUGGAAGACGUGCCGAGCAAACCGCCCGAGGAUAUUCGCUGCAUGGCGCAGAGUUCGACCUCCAUUCAGGUAUCUUGGCAGCCGCCGCAAGCACACCACACGAACGGGCUGCUGCAGGGUUACAAGGUGUUUUACGAGUGUGCGACCGAAGACGCCAUCACUAGUGGCGAGAUGGAAACACGGAAAACUACCUCGCUGACGAUACAUCUGUCCAACUUGCGGAAGUUCUCCAACUAUAGCAUCCAGGUGUUGGCGUACACCCGCAUGGGAGACGGUGUCAUAUCGCCGCCCUCCUUCUGCCACACGGACGAAGAUGCGCCGGAGGCACCGGCAGAUAUCAAGAUCGCCAUCAGCUCACCAUCGUCGCUGUACGUGUCCUGGCUGCCGCCGCGAGAUCCGAACGGCAUCAUCACCAAGUACAACCUCUACAUGCGUGCCGUCAACGGGCGCGAAGAGUUGAACAACGACAAACGGAACCUUCAAGCACACCAACACCAUUUCGAAGCGAAACAACUGCAAAGCCACACCGAGUACCAGUUCUGGGUGUCCGCUUCGACGCGUGUGGGCGAAGGCAAGAGUUCGCGUGUCGUGUCACAGCUCACAUCGAACCGUGUCCCGGCGAAGAUCGUUUCGUUCGGUGGACUCACCAUUCGUCCCUGGAAGUCAUCGGCGUCGCUGAACUGUAUGGCCGUGGGGCAGCCGAGACGCGAAUGGUUCAAGGGUGACACUUUGCUACGUCCCGGCACCCAGCACAACAUACAGCUGCUCGAUUCGGGUGAAAUUAUCGUGACCAUGUUGCAGACGAGCGACACCGGCAACUACACCUGCCAGGUGGACAACGGUAUCGGUACGGAUCGACUCACCCACAAUCUGCUGGUACAAGUUCCUCCCGGACCGCCGGUACUGUAUGUCACCAGUGCGACAUCUAGCAGCAUUCUGCUGCACUGGAAGAUCGGAUCGACGGGUAAUGCACCGAUCACUGCAUUUUCGCUCCACUACCGGCGAGUGCACGGGAAUUUGGAGGAGAUGCAACUAUCCCGGCACGCAUCUAGUCACGAUCUUAAGGGACUGUUUUGUGGCAGCACGUACCAGGUGUACUUAGUAGCGCACAACAAGAUCGGUUCGUCCUCCGCCAGCACCACACUGAACGUGAAAACACAAGGCCAACCGCCGGGUAUUCCGCCGGACUCGGUACUGAUAGCGCCGAACUCAACCUCCGUAGUGCUCCGGCUAAACGGAUGGCCCGACAAUGGCUGCCCGAUUAUGUACUUCGUACUGCAGUACCGUUCCGUGUCCACCGGGCUGGAUGACGACUGGCAUCUGGUGUCGAAUGCACUGAAACCUCAGCGACGAUUCACACUGUCCGGACUGUUGCCGUCGACCAUGUACCGGCUGAAGAUGGAGGCACACAACGUAGCCGGUUCGACCAAUGCCGAGUAUACGUUCUGGACGCUCACCAAAGACGGAGACCCACCACCACCAGAACUAGUACAAAGAGGACAUCGUUCUCAAAUUUUUUAUAACAAUAUUCAACUCCUGAUACCGAUCAUCAUCACCAUCACCGCCACAAUCAUUUGCAUUGCGUUUACGGUGGUUUGUUACAAAUAUCGUCAACGAGGUCGGCAGCGAAAAGACACGAUGGAAAGUCAACAAACGACCGACGCACAACGGGAUCGCUACUAUGCUACAAUUCAUAAGGUAGCACUACAAGCUGGUGACAAAAUACCUGAAACAUCGGAGGACAUCUCGCCGUACGCCACGUUCCAGCUUUCCGAAGCGAGCACACUGGCCCAACCGCACCACAGCGGGCCAGCAAACACACUGCUCCAUUCCUUCAUGUACCACGAACGCGCCAUGACCGAGGGUUGCGCCUCGCCACCACCAGCAGCGGUACUGAGACUUCACAAUCAAUCACCAUACUACAAUAUUAACUCGUCCAAGGGCCGCCGGAGACACUCGCGCAAAACGGAACCGGAAAGCGAAGAGUCCGACUCGGACCCGGACCAGCUAACGUCGAGCCGUACCGAAUCGUCCAACCAGCUGGACGCGAAGAUGAAGCACAGUAAGGAACUGGACGUGGCGGCGGGCGGCCCAGGCGACCACGGCUAUAACCCGAACCACUAUAUGCGUUCUAUUCCAGGUCUCAUAUAUCACGGCACGCAAUCGAGCACAUCGUCCGAUUUGUCGCCGAUGUCCGAACAAAAGUCCUUACCGCGGCGUGGCCGUUCAAGUCAAAGUCAAACGCACCAUAUCUACAUGCCCCGGGGUACGAUGCGAUCGUUGCUGACGCCGCUCCAUCUGCCGGACGGUAGCGCACCGGGCGGUGGACCCCUGUUCCAUCAGGUCCCGAUCGAGGGUGGCACACCGGAUCGGAUCGAGCUGUCCGAGGCGGAGUGUGACAUUGACACGAUCAAGAAGCUGAAGCUGGGCAUGCGGUCGUCGCUCUGGUCCAGACCGAACCAGAGCAACAGCACUACCGGCGGUGCUACCGGAGGCGUGAACGUUAACAGCAACAACAACAACAAUGGCAACAACAACGGUGGCAGCAACAACAACAACAAUAACAACAACGGAACUAGUGGCAUCGUGGGUAGCAUCAUGGGAGGAACCGGUGCAGGGAAUGCGACCGGCCAUCCAUCCGACUACUCGAUCGCAGUGUAA